CACGCCCUCUGAUACUAUAAAGUGGGCACGAAAAUGGCUUUUACAAAAACAGCAACUUGGGCUAUAUUUAGGCCUCCAUUUGUCCUGCGUUCUCCUUCUUUCUCUCAUUUUUCUCUCUCGUCUUAUUUUUCUCUCUCUUCUUCUAUUUAUUCUUCUCGUUCUGUUGGGCCUCUUUACUAUCGAAGUCGAUUGUUGUUGUCGAGGAAGGUUCAGAUGUCGGCUAUGGCGAACGUCAACUUGGGGCUCACAAAGCCUGCAACUGUUUCUUUGCCUGAGAUUGAUCUUUCAGUAAAAGACAUAGAUUUUGCAGAAUGGAAAGGAGAUGUAUUGGCGGUUGGUGUUUCAGAGAAAGACAUGGCAAGAGACGAGAAAGGAGCAUUCGAGAACUUGGUUCUUCAAAAGCUCGAUGGCUUACUGAGUGGCCUAUUGGCUGAAGCCUCAAAAGAAGAAGAUUUCACUGGAAAACCUGGUCAAUCAACAGUUCUUAGGUUUCCUGGUUUGGGUUUUCGAAGGGUGGGUCUAAUUGGUCUAGGCCAAGGGAGCUUGACCACUGCUACUUUUAAAGGUUUUGGUGAAGCUGUUGCUUCUUCUGCUAAAGCUGCUCAAGCAGCUAAUGUGGGUGUUCUUCUUGCUUCUUCUGAUUGUCUUUCUUCAGAGGCUAAACUGAACACUGCAUCAGCAAUAGUUUCGGGUACAAUUUUGGGUAUUUAUGAAGAUAAUAGAUUCAAGUCAGAGUCAAAGAAACCAGUGCUGAAGUCUUUGGAUAUUAUUGGUCUAGGGACUGGUCCUGAUAUAGAGAAGAAGCUCAAGUACACAGAGGAAUUUUGUUCGGGGGUGAUUUUGGCUAGAGAGCUUGUAAAUGCACCGGCCAAUGUGCUCACUCCGGGUGCAUUGGCGGAGGAGGCUCAAAAGAUUGCAUCCACAUACAGUGAUGUUUUGACUGCCACAAUAUUGAACGAGGAUCAAUGCAGGGAGUUGAAGAUGGGUUCUUAUUUGGGUGUCGCUGCUGCAUCUGCUAACCCCCCUCAUUUCAUUCAUAUUUGUUAUAAACCUCCAGGUGGGAAUGCAAAGACUAAGUUAGCCAUUGUUGGAAAGGGAUUGACAUUUGACAGUGGUGGCUACAACCUUAAGACAGGGGGAUCUUCCAUUGAGCUUAUGAAAUUUGACAUGGGUGGCUCUGCUGCCGCUCUUGGUGCUGCAAAAGCCAUUGGUCAAAUUAAACCUCCUGGUGUUGAGGUUCAUUUCAUCGUUGCUGCUUGUGAAAACAUGAUCAGUGGAACUGGCAUGAGACCUGGCGACAUAGUCACAGCUUCAAAUGGAAAGACAAUUGAGGUCAAUAAUACUGAUGCAGAAGGUCGGCUUACGCUUGCAGAUGCUUUGGUUUAUGCUUGCAAUCAAGGUGUUGAGAAGAUUGUUGAUCUAGCAACCCUAACUGGGGCUUGUGUGGUCGCACUAGGGGGAAGUAUUGCAGGAGUUUUCACUCCUAGCGAUGAUCUUGCGAAUGAGAUUUACUUGGCUUCAGAGAUAAGUGGCGAGAAGUUCUGGAGGCUGCCAUUAGAGGAGAGCUACUGGGAAUCAAUGAAAUCUGGGGUCGCUGACAUGGUGAACACGGGGGGUCGACAGGGUGGCUCCAUUACUGCUGCUUUGUUCCUAAAACAGUUUGUGGAUGAGAAGGUUCAGUGGCUUCACAUAGACAUGGCUGGUCCAGUGUGGAAUGAGAAGAAAAAGGGAGGCACUGGAUUUGGGGUCUCAACUUUGGUGGAAUGGGUUUUGAAGAACUCUUCUUCUUGAUCAUAGAGUAAAGUCCUAUUGCAUGAUCACUCAAUAAAGGUGCAGGUGGGGGAUUGAGAGACUGAGACUUUGUUCUGUUUUUUCACAAUACAAAAAGGGUUGAAUGAUAUGUGCUGAGGUAAAACAUUUGGUAGUUGUUUUGUUGGUUGCUUGAAAUUAUUUCUUUGAUAUAUGCUGGGUAAGUGGGUCAG